CUCUACUGUGCAUCUACCUACGACUCCACGAGGUAUUAUUCUCAAAUCAAGGCGUGCGGUUUGUCCAAUUGAUCAUCCUGCAUUACGACGAAACUUGCAAUUAUCAUUUCCCUCGUCUCCUUUCAUCUUCCCUCUUCCCUGUUGGGCCGAGGUUCCCAUGCACGCGCACGCGACCUCUCCCAAUAGCUAGUACCUAGUAAUACUCGUACCCACCCCCAAUACUACCCCAUUCCACCCCGUCCUUCCACCCCUUCCAGUGCUUCCACCGUUUUCUGACACUUCCAUCGCGGUUUCCCCCGGGAAGAUCUUCAUGUUUUUCUCCUUGAUGAUCCCUGGUUGCGAGCUUCUUCUUCCCCGCGCAUUCAUUCUGCAUUCCCUUCCGUCAUGGCAAGAGUAAGACAUCUCGGUCCAGCGGUACGCCUGCAGCUUGCUCGUCCGCUUGCUACAGCUUACUUGCUGGGGCUGUUGUCUAGCGCAGGUCCACGUCUGGCCAAAGUGCUGGUCCUGUUGCUCAAGGGGAAACUCAGUGGUAGGGCUGCCACUCUACAGUGGUCUUCGAUCCUCCGCCAGGGGACGGCCUUGCAUCGUUUCCCUACUUUCUGCGGCGUCCUCAUUGGAGGUACGACACUACUCCCUGCUCCAAUCAGAGCUCUGAUCACUCUACUGCUUCGUGCCGUCCGCAUCAAUGCCACAUCAAGUCCCGACUAUGUGAGAUCUAUUGAUCGGAUUGCAAGGUUCAUUGCCGCUCUCGUCUCAGCAUUCGUUUCGUUCCACCUUCUCAAUCGCAAACCCCAGGAUGGCCGAGAGGAAAGUCAGAUCAAAACCAACCUCCCUACAAGUCACCUCGAGGUCCUCCAACCAGGACCCUUUGAUCAGCCGCCGGAAUAUGGCGCUCGGGAUGUGGAGGUCGACGAGGAAACGUUGAAGGCGAAGUCUCUGUCCAGACUCGACCUAGCUGGACGAACAAUGGAUCUGACCAUGUUCGCUGUCGUGCGAGCGCUUGAUGUGGUAGUCACGUCGAGCUGGCGACGACUAUCCAGACAUCGGCCGAGUUCAUCCUCCGUGGCCGUCGUAUCCCGAAACACGCCUCCAGUACUGUUCAGCUUCGCUGCCGCGACCAUAAUGCACGCUUGGUUCUACGCCCCAUCGCGGCUGUCAUCCACGUACAAUCGCUGGAUCUCAGCAGCAGCAGAAUUAGAUGACCGUCUAUUGCUUGCGCUCCGUCAUGCUCGGUACGGCACUUGGGUCUAUGGAAAAGAUACCGGAAUGGCACCACUCCUCGGGUCCAUGUGUCGCGACUAUGGCCUACCAGAAGAGCUGGGUGAUCCCGCCAAGACGAUUCCCAUUCCCUGUGAACUCGUCCACAUGGGACGCAGCAAAUCCUGUGAGGUCCACGGCAUGUGGAGAUUCUACCGAGGGUGGCUGUUCGCGGCGAAGAUGUAUGCUCCGCUUCACUUCAUCGUCUUGGUUCGACACCUCAGAGCACAUCGCCUAGCAGGGCGUCGAAUCUGUAGUAAAUCUAUAUCGCCGCUCGUGCUUAGAUUCUUCACUUCUACAGCGCGAGCCUCCGCCUUCUUAGGCGCUUUCAUUGCGGCAUUCUACUAUGGUGUCUGUAGCGCCCGGACCCGAUUUGGACCCGCGAUAUUUUCUUUCAAAACUGUCACGCCCCAGAUGUGGGAUUCUGGGUUAUGUGUUCUGGCAGGUUGUUUCUUGUGCGGGUCGAGCAUCUUAGUAGAAGAGCCGCGGAAACAAUUAGAGAUUGUCUUCUUCGUCCUACCGCGUGCGCUGGCGACCUGGUUUCCUCGUCGCUAUCUGCCCGAGAACAGGUGGAAAGAGCAUGCUGCCUUCGCGCUGAGCUCUGCGAUCGUGUUGACGGCAGCUCAAGAAGACCCCAAGAACAUACACGGUGUCAUUGGUAAACUGCUACAUGCCCUCACAAAGACGGCCUGAAUGCGCCAGUAGGAUGCUUCGCCGAUCCAAACUACUUGUGACGACGCUUAAGACCCUGAAAGAUGAUUAUAACAGCGCGAGCUAAUCAUAGGGCAAGUAAUUAAUAGCCCUCGAAAAUGAUUUCCUUAAGCUUAAAGAUGCCCGAUGAGCAAUAGCCAGGGCCAGAGUUGUCGGCGGGAACAAUCCCGGCCGGUGAUGUCAGACGUUGCGAACGACCAGGGCGGCCGGCAACUUCCAUGCCUUUUAGCAAUAACAGUGAUUGGAUGUAUAUCUGAUUCUAUAAUUAUCAAGACGCGGGGUUGGACAUUAAACAGUUUAACAGCCGACCCCGCGC